AGGUAACGGGUUGUCAUCAAUUGCCUAGCAUACUGCAUGCAGUAAUGCACUGCAGUAGUUCUGCAGUUGUUGUAGCCUGCCCGACCUUUGUGAGAUGUCAUGUCAGUUCAUUAUGUCAAAUUAUAUGUCUCACCUCCAGGCUACAUAAGGCUACCUAGUAUCGCACACAUGAUUGUUGAUGAGAGUCUCUCGAGGCAUAGCCCCCCCUUAUGGGGUUCUCCAGAUGUGGAGUAGCCUAAAAGUCCCUCCCCGUCAUCAAACAUCUCCUCUUUCACUCCGUCCCAUUCAUUCAGAAAGGCUGCUGCUGCAAGUGCCCACACGUUGAAGCCUUCACAGACAAACACUGCCUUGAGAAACAAGCAAGCAGGGGUUGCUGCCAUAUGAAGCACUUUCCCCUUUCUGAAGGCUCUAAUUAUGUCUAAAACAGACACAGCUUUCUGUUCAGGUCUACAGAAUAGGUCUGCUGCUGUAUGAUCACUGGAUAUUUCAGGGAGUUCAUCCACUCUUUCAAAAAACAUGGAAAACAAUCAAAGUCAAGACACAGAGGAAAAUCCUUAUCUUUGCUUCCAGAGGACCCCAUCUCUCCGUCGCAAAUGGCGCAAACGUUACGGUGGACUGGAUGGCAACAAACUCCUGGAGCCAAACAAGGAGGAGGACGUGAAAGAAAAUGGUGGAAUAACAGACGGCCACUUGGAGAGGAGCCUUAGCCCAGCAAAAGGAGAUGAAAGCCAGGAAGCCCCCGUAAAUGUUCCACAUCCUUUGCCAAGGAACUCUUUUCAGUCUCAAAGACCCGUCAGCUUUGUCAGUCCAGGAUCAACAGGCCUGCCGUGUUUUAUUGGCAAUGGCAGCCAGAAGCCUCCUCUGCCCCAAGGUGACCUGGAGAGACAUUCGCCGUCCCCCCAGCCCUGGCACAGUCCCAGCAGGCUCCCAGACACCCAGCAGGCACCGCAGAAGAGAAAAGGAGCUGCUGAUGUCCUCUUUGAUAGCUUUGCUUCUGGUGGAAGAGUUAACACAAAUCACUUUUUUGAGCCUAUGUGGACUUCUGGCAUACAGAGAAAUGACCCCCGGAUUAAAGACUGCUAUAUUCUUAUGAGAAAGCUGCAGGACUCCGAUGGAACAGUUGACAGGAACACAUUUCAGAGGUGUGUGACAGGCUUCGUAUCGUUUAUCCUGAAAGCGCUGCAAGGGAGGUUUGUCAUCCCUGACUUUUUCACCUUCACAGAGGAAACACAAAAGCUCUUUGUGAAAUGCAAACAACUGUCCUCUGUAAAGGAGAGAGAUGCAGGGGGUGAAGACUUGGGGAAAUGGGGAGUCUCCAUUUGUACAGUGGAUGGACAGAGGUUGUCCCUGGGCGACUGGUCCGAGCCUUGUGUGUUGGGCGAGAUGUCCUGGCCCCUGGUCUACGGUCUGGCAGUGGACCAGCUGGGCUCAGGCUGCGUACACAGAUAUGUGGGUGUUGAGGAAUUCUCCAAAUUUGACUCGCCCUUUACCCUGACCAAACAAGGAGUGCCACAUAGUCCUCUAGUGGAGACCGGAGCAAUAAUAUGCACAUCCUUGCUGCAGUUAACAGUAAGGCCUGGGCCAGAGGAAGAGGAGAAAUAUGAGUCUGUUUUGAAUGUUAUCAGGAGACUAUGCAAUAAAGAACAUGCCAACUUAAACUGUAUAAGUUACCAAAGUCUGAGACAGGACAGCAUUCGCCUUCAUGCCUUGUCUUUUUACCUUCAAGAAAUGAAGUGCUUUGCAGAGUCUGUGGACAUCAAUGCCACUUUGGAUCUAAUGUUGCAGUGUUCAUCAACAGAAGUCACAUGUGAGUCAGGCGCUGCCAUGGCCGCCACGUUUGCCAACGGCGGCCUCUGUCCACUGUCAGGUGACCAAGUGCUGUCCCCCUCAGCAGUGCGCAAUACCUUAUCGAUGAUGCAAGUAGCCGGCAUGAACGAAUACUCCAGAAUAUUCCAUUUUAAGACUUCUGUUCCAGCCAAAUCCAGCAAGUCUGGUGGUGUGUUGAUAGUGGUCCCUGGCGUUCUGGGUCUCAUGGCCUGCUCGCCAGAUCUGGAUGCAUAUGGGAACUCCUGGAAAGCUGUGCAUUUCUGUGAGGAGCUGGUUUCUUCUUUCCAGCUGCACAGUUUUGACAUCAGGACCCCUUUCAGACAAGUGUUGUCAUACCGCCAGUGGAAAGUGGAAUCUGAGGGUUAUCAAAUAAUGAACAUCUUGCUUGCUACCUUCCGUGGAGAUCUGCCAUCUUUGCGCAGGUUCUUCCUGUCUGGAGCGGACAUGAAUGCGGUGGAUUAUGACGGGAGGUCGGCCCUGCAUGUGGCGGCUUCAGAAGGGCACCUGGAGGUCAUCACAUUCCUCAUGGAGAACACGGGGGCUAGCUGCUUGGUUAAAGACAGAUGGGGCAACACAGCACUGCAAGAGGCUGCACGAUGCAACCAGAGACCUGCAGCUCAACUUCUGAAGAAAUACCUCGAGCAAAGACAGGCCACCUCAUGACCACAGACUGGAUCUGAGGGUCAGUAAAGCAGAUGUUCAAGAAACGCUCAAAUCAUAAAGUCAUCUGUACAAUAACAGCACUCCCUGGAAAGUUGUUUGUUGGCAAUGGAUGACCAAGUUUGGAAUUAUAUCAGUGAUCUGCAAAACAUUGCAUGCUUCAGAUGACAAUGAGCAUGAAACUUUCAUACAUUACAGCGGAGUUUGAAAGUUCAAUUAGUAUGGACUGGUGCUAUGGUAGCCAACAUGUCAAAAAUAUUUCGGUUACAAAAAAUAAUGUUGACACUACAUGAACAGACUGAAACAAAAUAUCUGGCAUAUUUGUUAAUGUUUACUUCAGGUAUUGUUCAUCUACUUUAAUAUAACGGUUAUGCAUUUUUGUUUAAAAGAGCAAGGCCAGUAUGUUAGUCUCAGUUUACUGUAUUAUGGCAAUAAUAUAACCAAUGGCUUUGUGCUUGCCUGUAAUGACCCAAUAACAUUUUGGCAAUGUUUGGAUCUGAGAUUGUUUUUGUGAGAUUUUUUUAGAUGACUUUAAAUACAGAUGU